CGCAGCGGCAGGGCAGCAGUAGCAGACGCGAGCAGCGGCAGCAGUAGCGGCAGUAGCAACAGUAGCAGCCGAUAGGAAAGCAGCGCAUACCUGCUUGAAUCAGUCUCGCAUAUCCCACCUAUUGUUGCUUGCUACCCGUAAGGUAGAGCGCGCCGCGUUGUGCUUCCACCAAAACAAUAACAACAACAACAACAACAACAACAACAACAACAACAACAACAACAACAACAACAUCAACAACAACAAGAGCGUCAAUAUGUUGUUGCGUAUCGUUCUCGCGUCGCUCGCUGCGUCGCUCUGUUGCGUCGCGCCGGCUGACGCAGGCUGCGGCGACGCAGGUCUGUGUUGUCCCGGACGCAACGCCGACUGCGUCGUACAGAGCUAUCCGCUGAACUUUGUACCGGAAGAUCCGGUCGACGAGGACAGGUGCUACUGCGACGAGCAUUGCGUGAAGCUAGAAGACUGCUGCGAUGACUAUCACUCCGCCUGUAGAGCUAAGAACUGUCUGGUCGGAAACUUCACCGCCUGGUCACCCUGCAGUACGCGCUGUGGUGUCGGCAUCAUGACCCGCUCCAGAGAUAUCCUACAGGCGGCUAGCAAUGGCGGAGAACAGUGUCCUCACAUGGAGGAGAAGAGGGGAUGUAUGGGAUUCGAAUGCUCACAGAAUGACAGCGCCGCCAUUAAGGAGGUGGGACUGCUGUUACCGCUGAAGUACGGCAAGGCGCGCGACUACAACCCCGACGAUGACAUCAACAAGAACAUCAAGGAACACUACCACAAAUCCUACAGAAGGAACGAGGGACAGACUAGGUAA